AUGAAUCGAAUGGCGCAUGUAGCUCGCGCUUGUUCAAACAUUGCACAGCACUGCAAGGCAAGGUUUUUCUCUCGACAUUCAAUUUGCGGGAACCAAGUUAUCUGCCCCCUUGCUAGGGCAACAGCCCAGUCGCGUCAAUAUUCCACACAAUGGUUUUCCAAUCCAAAGGUCUUCCCAGGCUUUGAUCUAGGGCUACUCGGUCAGACCCAGGAGGCGCCCAAUUCAAGUUAUGAGCCCAAGGCGAUUGAUACCUAUCCCGUCGGGGAGGAAGAGGUCUUCAAUGGGAAGUACCAAACAAUACAGAAAAUAGGCUAUGGGCCUACCGCGACCGUUUUCCUUGCUGCUGAUUUAACGCAAGGGAGACUAGUCGUGCUGAAGAUUUACGUGGUAAUGCAUGUGCUCAAGGCUUAUGGGCGUCCCCAUCCACAGAAAGUAUACCCUCGAGACGAAUACCCUCUUCGUGAAGUCAUUGAUCGCUUUGUGAUUGAGGGUCCCAAGGGCAAGCAUAUCUGUAUUGUUCAUGCGCCCCCUCCGAUUGACCUCGCCGAAUGGAUCAGCGGGGAUAAACUCAGGCUCGAAGCAAUGAAAUCCUCAAUACGGCAAUUACUGAUUAUUUUGGAUUAUCUACAUACAGAUUGCUUCACAACUGCUCGUAUUUGCGCCAUUGUAAUGUGUGAAAGACCACCAGAUACUGACUAUGAAUUAGGCGUGGAUCCCAUCAGAUACCAUGAAGCUAACCACGAAGCCAACCCCGAUCUCGAGGCAGAAAAAGCCUCCGAGCUUACAACGACUCUUUUGCCGGGCGAUGGAGUUCCACUAUUUAUAGACUAUCCAGACGACGAUGCUAAGGCUGGACUGGUGGCAAAACAUAUCAGAGCCCCCGAGGAGAUUCUGAAAUCACCAUGGGACUACAAAGUAGACAUAUGGUCUGUUGCCAUAUGUGCGUGGGACAUUGUGAGCUCUCGAAACCUCAUCAACGGAAGAAAUGCAGAGGGUGCGUUUGACGACCGCGUUCACGUCGCAGAGCUAGUGGCUCUACUUGGCCCUCCGCCACCAGAGUUUCGUGAUAAGAUGUCACUCGGCUCGAUGUUCUGGGAUGAAGAAGGACAGUGGACUGGUCAAACCCCUAUACCAGAUCGGAGCUUGGAGAAGCUGGCCGAAGAAGUCAAGGGUGAGGACCUGGAUGGGUUCUUGCAGUGGAUGCGAAAAGCCAUGCAGUGGGACCCCGCAGAUCGUCCCACAGCCCUGGGGCUAAUGCGCCAUGAAUGGAUGGCCCACAAGUCAGAAACCAAAGAGGAAGAAAGAGGUGAACCAGCCGAGAACACUUCGGGGUAG